UUUAUAACUGAUAAAGAUUGUUGUUUACUUAAUAAUAAGAAUAUAUUAAAAAGUUGGUGUGAAAAAGCAAAACGUAAGAUUUGUUAAUGGAAUAAAGAAUCCGUUCUUCGAAGAACAUCAAUAUGAUUACAUACUUUUGCAAAAAGGGUCAGACUAUGCAAUUCUAUAUUUGUAUUUUAGCGUUAACGAUUUCACUUAGAGCGUCUGUUUCAGAUGGAUCUUUUAUACUGCCAGAAAAUGAGGCUCCCACAACAGCACCGAAAUUUUUGUCAAGGGGUCACCUGUACAAGGUUAUAGUUGGCGAAACAAUUGAAUUACCAUGUAAAGUGCAAAAUCUUGGGUCAUACGUAUUGCUAUGGAGGAAGGGGUCCUCAGUUCUAACUGCUGGACACUUAAAAAUUACAAGAGACCAAAGAUUUAAAAUUGGUGCGGACUACAAUUUACAGAUUGUCGGCGUUAAAACUCAAGAUGCCGGAGACUACAUCUGCCAACUUGGGGACCAAGAGAAUCGGGAUCAGGUCCACACGGUGGAAAUAUUGGUUCCACCGACAUUGCGAGCACUUCCACAUAAUGGUCAAGUGACGGCACGCAAAGGAAGCACAGUCACAUUGGAGUGCAAGGCGUCUGGCAACCCGGUUCCCACAAUAUACUGGUUCAAGAAGGACGUUUAUUCGGGACCCACCCAUUUAUCAGAUAGCUCCACAUUGAUCUUGGAAAAUGUGGACAGACACCACGCAGGAACAUAUCAAUGUUCCGCUGACAAUGGGGUCAAGGAACGCGUCUCAAUGGAUAUCCAGCUGACAAUCUUAUCACCCCCAGAAAUAACGGUGGAGAAAGCAUGGGUGCAUGCCGCCGAAGGAUAUGAUAUAGAGCUAGUUUGUGUGGUUCAUGGGGAUGUCAACUCUGAAAUGCUCUGGUAUCAAAACUCUUUUCUCUUGGAUCCAACUGACCGGCGUUCCAUGUAUCCGCAUGAUGACAGAUAUAGUCUUAUUAUUCGAAAUUUCCAACAAACUGACUUUGGGAACUACAGUUGCGUUGCCGACAAUGCACUGGGAAGAACAAAGAAAUACAUUGAGGUCUCUGGACGUCCAGGGCCAGCUGAUUUUAUUUCGCCAGCUCUAAGUGGCUUUCUAGAUCAUUACAACUUGACUUGGACAAUAGAGUCUAUACCGCCCUUGGAUGAAAUUAAACUCUUGUAUCGACGGCUUUUGAUGAAUGAAACAUACCAACAUCCUGGCAAAUGGCAUGAAUAUCAUAUUAAGCCUAUUCCGAUCCGGACUGACGGCACACAUUACCUAAUGUCCUACGUAGUAAGAAAUUUGGAACAUAAUGCUGUCUACGAAGCAAUUGUUCAAGCCAAAAACAAAUACGGUUGGAAUGAGAUCAGCGACAUUCAUCAGUUUUAUACACGAAAUCACGAUCUUCUUCUCGACAUCGAUAUGGAAUACAAGAUGGGAAUAUCCGGUUGCAAUCGAUUAUCAAUGACCAUGGAUGUAUUAAUAUUAUCCUAUGUUAUUUUAAUAUUAGCUUUAAAAAUUAUUAUUUAAGAAAUGUUUACUUAUUUGCAAAUAUAAGUUCAAAGGUGCCUUACUAUGUAUU